UUGCCGGGUGUGUCCGUUAAAAAAUACAACCGUUGCUGCAUGUUUUGUUGACAUCUGAUUAGCAAACACAACUUUGAAGUUUUCGUCUUUGGUGGAUUCGAGUUUUUAAAUGGCUACAAAUUACCGGAAAUCUGUUGCCUCAGCGAGCCAAAGGAAAAAGUCAUGUUCCAAAGCUGAUCUGACGGAGGAGCAGAAGCAGGAGAUCAAGGAAGCUUUUGAUCUGUUUGACACAGAUGGAACUGGGACAAUAGACAUCAAAGAACUCAAGGUUGCCAUGCGAGCCCUAGGCUUUGAACCAAAAAAGGAGGAAAUCAAGAAGAUGGUUUCAGAUAUUGUCAAGGAUGGUUCUGGAACCAUUGAUUUUGAUGACUUUCUUUCUAUGAUGACCCAGAAAAUGAAUGAGAAGGAUAGCAAAGAGGAAAUACUGAAGGCUUUCCGGCUGUUCGAUGAUGACUGCACAGGAAAAAUCUCUUUUAAAAAUCUCAAGAGAGUUGCCAAGGAGCUGGGAGAAAACCUCACAGAUGAAGAGCUGCAGGAAAUGAUCGAUGAAGCCGACCAGGAUGGUGACGGAGAAGUCAACGAGCAAGACUUUCUACGGAUAAUGAAGAGGACCAAUCUGUACUGAAGCCGCUGAGUGUUGCAGUUUUAAAACCUUUUCAGGAUUAAAUUCUGACUUUGUUCCAACUAUUUUUACUGUAGCUUUUCUGGAACUAAGACAGGUUCUCUUUGUAAAUAACUUUUUUAAAAUCCUGUGUCUUUGUACCGAUUCUUUUUUUCUAUAAGACAAAUAAAAACAAUCACAGUUUUGUCUCUUGUUUAAAGUAAUCGUAAAGUGUCAGUUUGACAAGUUUUUUUUAUUUUUUUAAUCGACUUUCUUGUUGAAACGGAGGUGGUGCAAUGCAGAAGCAGGUUAUAGCAGUUCAUGAAGAUCUUAGUGAAAGUGAUUUCAGUGCAUUGCAUUCACUGUUGUGCAACUUGCAGAGCGCAGCGUGCCAAUGAUGGUCAGACAGACAGACAGACAUGACUAAGUUGAUGUUGACUAAUUCGAAUUAUCUUACUGUAAAUAGAAAUCAGCAGAAUGAACCUGAGAUGAGUAAGUCAGUAAAAGUGACUCUCACUUCAUGCUUUGAGCUGAACUUGGUAUCGCCUGAACGAGAUCUGUUUUACCUACAUCUUUUGAUCAUCUUAUAGGAAAGAUGCUCCUGCUGAUUAAUUGUGACAUGGAGCGGAAGUCUGCUUUUGUCCAAAACAUUGAACCUUGCUUAAAUAAACAGGAUAUGUAAUGACGUGUUUUUCCGAACCGUCA